AUAUUUAUUCAUAUUUUCAGUUAAAAAAUAUGAGGUUUGUGGAGGAUGAGGAUGAAGGAGGACCUGGAGUAAAUGGAACCUCGACCAGGAAUGAAGACGACGACGAGGAGGAGGAGGAGGAGGAGGAGGAACCUGAACCUGUCUCAGCUACCUUGGUUCUACGAGUUCUUAGUGAAUCCACUUCUCCAUCUGUAUCCCGUAAAUCCAGCACUAGACGGAACCAUGCGCCAGGGUUUCUAGAGGCAGAGGAUCAUGUUGAAACCUUUCUCCAGGUUCAAGUCCAGAAAUCUACCUCUUCUUCUUCAUUAUCAGGUCGAGGACAGUCUAUGAAUAGGUCUCGACCUCCAAGCAUAUCCCGACCUCCUAGCGCAACUCCAUCUUUUUACGUCACAGAACCAGAGAGUUCAUUUCCUCUCUCAUUAAGGGAGCAGUCUGGAUACAGAGAUUUUGAAAGGGAGUACAGGGAAACAGGACGGGAGUACAGGGAGAGUGGAAGGGAGUACAGGGAGAGUGGAAGGGAGUACCGUGUGUCCAGGGAUACAAGUAGAGAGUCCUCUCUAAGUCCUACUCCUUCACUGUAUGGAUCCCAGUCCUUAGAAACAUACAGAAAUAAGUAA